UACUUCUGGAAUGCAUGUGAACUGAUUGUACUGGGGCUUUGGCAUCGGCAACGGUCUAAAUCCAAAUGGGACUGUCAGCCUCGCGUAGCCUGGUUCACAAUUGCCGUUCUAGCCCAACGACGAGGUUGCGGUGUCUAUCUUCAAUUCUUCCCUCCAUCUGCUUGCGGCUUUAUCUUGCUCUGCGCAGGUCGCAUCAUGGUUCUGGGUAGCCAGUAUUUCUCCGCUUUACUCCAGGCCCUGAGCUUGACUCAGGGUCUUUACAAACCAACUCCCAGCAGCGCGAGCAACCCUAUUCUCUCAUCUCCUGGACAAGCAAGUGCUGUGGGGAGCAUAAGGUCCGCGCAACCCAUAUCGCAGUCAGACGACACCCAGGGCGCAAAUCCCGAUACCUGCACGCCGCCAUACUAUCCAGCUCUCCCGGUCGAGAAUCAGACAUUUCCUCCAUUUGAUCAAGCGAAGGCGAACGUGUAUCGGUAUAGACAGCAGCAGUCGGUCAAUCUGGGGUCCUGGUUUGUGCACGAAUCAUGGAUGACACCGUCUGUAUUCGCUUGUGCUUCUGGGCAACAACUAUCGGAACUGGAUAUUGCGACUGGGUGGAACUCUACAGAUAACGCUAGGAUGAUUCUGGAACAUCACUGGGAUACGUUCAUCAACCAGAGCGACUUCGAGUACCUGGCAAGCAUUGGGAUCAACACUGUCCGCCUGCCCAUCGGUUACUGGAGCCUUGGCCCUCAAUUCUGCCAGGGAACACCGUUCGAAAAUGUCUCGGAUGUCUAUCAAAACUCAUGGCCAAGAGUGACACGAGCGAUCAGUAUGGCUGGUCAGGCGGGAAUGGGUGUACUGGUCGAUCUACAUGGCGCCCCGGGCAGUCAAAACGGUCAACCCCACUCUGGUGUCUCCGACGGCGUCACUGGUUUGUUCGACAGUCAACCCAACAUGGACUUGACUAUAGCGCUUUUGACGUUCCUGGCGGAGCAACUGGUGAACGUCACCAAUGUCGUGGGUAUCGAGCUUCUGAACGAGCCUCAGGAUGAUCCGGGACUCCCGAGUUUAUAUGACCGUGCCAUCGCAAGCAUGAGGGCCGUAUCACCACAGGCUGCAUCCUUCCCCCUCUAUAUUCACGAUGGCUUCAACCUCGACCAGUUCAGUUCCUACGUGGCCAACAGGACAGACUUCGUUGUCGUGGAUCACCAUUCUUACUUCGUCUUCACGCCCUCAGACGACGCGGAGCCAGCCAGUCAGCACACCACGGACGUGGAAACGUCAAUCGCUGACUCCUUCGCUGCUGCGUCCACGGAGGCGCGACGUAAUCUUGUCGUCGACGAAUGGUCUUGUGCUCUGACGCCGGAGAGCCUCUCGAGCGUAUCCGACCCUGAUCAAGCACGCAAGGGCUUCUGCGAAGGGCAGAUGAAUGUUUACACGAACAUCAGUGCCGGAUGGGGCUUCUGGGCAUACAACAAGGAAGAUUGUUCGGACGACCCAGGAUGGUGCUUCAAGGCGGCAGUGGGGAACAGCCUUCCGUCAACAUUCUUUUCCUAUGGUCAAGGCCCGCUGACGAAUCCAGAUCAGCUCCCUUCACUGGCUGACCUCAUGGGUGAUAUGAGCUCACCGCCGACAAGCGUCGUCCUUGCUAGUGCUCAGAGCUCGCCCACGGAUGCAUCAACGACGUCUGAUGAUGCUCAAAGCGAUAUAGCGCCCCCAGCUCUCAACCGGCGAUGGCGCUCAAGACCACGUACCGGGGGCCCCACUUCCUGGCGGCGACAUUCUCCAUCUUGGUCACAUAGAAGAGCACACAAACGCGGCUACGAGACAGGAAUGUCGCCUGAGCAGCGGGCGAUCGCGAAAGGGUACUCAGACGGGUUCUUCACGGCCAAGAUCUUCGCGCAAUACGGGAUGUCGAAGCUGGGGUUCACAGGACAAUACAUGAACGACAGUAUCGCAACACUGGGACCGGGAGUCAUUAAGCCCGGGACCGAGGGCAACUACCAGGAGUGGUUCAUGAAGGGAUUGCAGGACGGGGAGAACAUCGUCAUCUCGCAUAUAAGCCAAACGAACUUAAACCUGACUAGUACUUGAUGCCCGGAUCCUCUUGUUGUGUUGCAUAUUGUUCUGUAUCUUUCUUACUAGCAGUCCAAUGGAUUGUUGCCCAAUUCA